UGACUGUUGACAUUCUGGUGUGACCUUGCCGAGAAGCUUCUCCUGGUUCGAUAAGACGGAAGCUCUGUAGCUUCUCCUGAAGACCGCAGCGCGGUUGUGCAGAAAAGACUCUGUUCCACAGGUUAUUGUUCGCACCUCCACACGUGCGAGAGGCCUGGAGCGUGUGGCUUGUCCACAUGUGUCACAUGUGUCACGUGUGGGACUGUCUGUCGCCCUGGGUAGCUGGAGUGGACCCUCGCCUCGGAGAAGGGGAACACGUUGGAGAUAAGGAAGGACAGAAUCCUCACUUGACUGGGACUUGUUUGUCGCGCUGAACCCUCAAAACAAGCCGGGCUUCGACCUGCAGGCGGACUCUGAGCACGCACGCACGCGCGCGGGUCGAGGUCCGUCGCUGCGCGGCACAUGCGAGACAGACACGCCCACUCGCGCGGACACCUGAGACCUGACUGACGGGCUCCUCCGGGGCGUUUCCGCUCUCGAGCUCGGGACCAGAGGAGACUUGUUCUGCAGCUCACCGACUCCAGCAGCCGCUCUCUCUUCCUCACCCGGCGCAAGUCUCACCGCGAAACAAGUCAACAUGACUAGGUGUCUCAUCACCCAGUUGGAAGUGCAGAGCUUCAUCGAGAGGUGCAUGACGGCGGUGGGAACCAAGCCUCAUCACGCUCGCAGCCUGGCUGAGGUGCUAGUGGAGGGCGACAACCGGGGGCACUACAGCCACGGACUCAACCGCAUGGACAUGUACGUCAAGGACAUCAAGAGCGGAAUCUGUGCCAAAGACGGCGAGCCGGUGGUGGUGAAGGAGAGCGUGGCCACCGCGUUGGUGGACGGGAAGAACCUGCUGGGGCCUGUGGUGGGAAACUACUGCAUGAACCUGGCCAUCCAGAAGGCCAAGGAGGCCGGCAUCGGCUGGGUGGUGGCUCGAGGCUCCAACCACUACGGGAUCGCAGGCUACUAUGCCAUGCAGGCUCUGAAGGAGAACAUGAUCGGAAUGUCCUUCACCAACACGUCUCCUCUGGUGGUUCCCACUCGCGGCAAAGAGUGCACCCUGGGAACCAAUCCCAUCGCCGUGGCGGCGCCGGCUAAUGAUGGCGACAGCUUCGUUCUGGACAUGGCGACGUCUGCUGUCGCUCUCGGGAAGGUGGAGCUGCACGAGCGGCGAGGCGACACCAUCCCCGAGGGCUGGGGCUGCGACGCCCAGGGCAAAAUCACCUCCAACCCCAAGGAAGUGCUGAGCGGAGGAGGACUGGUGCCCAUCGGCGGCAGUGAAGCCACGGGCGGCUACAAAGGUUACGGGCUGGGGAUGAUGGUGGAGACCUUCUGUGGAAUCCUGGCCGGGGCCCAGUACAGCAAACACAUCCGCACCUGGAAGGUCACCGAUAAAGUCGCCAACCUGGGUCAAUGCUUCGUGGCCAUCAACCCAGACAACUUUGCUCCCGGAUUCUGCGACAGGAUGUCGGACCUGAUGGCCAUCCAGAGAGAGAUGGAGCCUGCUGAUGCCCACACUCCUGUUCUGGCUGCUGGAGACCCGGAGAGGAUGAACAUGAAGAAGUGUCAGGAGCUGGGCGGGAUCCCGUACCACGUCAACGUGGUCAACUACAUGAAUGAGUGCGCGAAGAGCGUGGGUGCCAGCCCGCUCCUGCCCUGCGACAAGCUCCUCCCCAACUAGACGCUUCCUCGCCACAACAUUCCUCUGCUUCCAUGUCAUUUGGCUUUGAGGAGGUUUGACCCGACCUUCAGGGCCGAACGCCUUUGUUGUGAGGCAAGUCACAAGCUCCUCAGGUGGAGGCUUCUGAAGGGCAACAAUCGUUUCCUGUUACUGAGCGUUUCGUCGUGAACACCAGCCGGCCUGUGGUCUGGUGUGUUUACUUCCCAACUGUGAAGACUUUUUUUUAUAAAGUUCAAGCCUUCCUUUUCACUGAAAUGUGAAAAAGAGAAAAGCCUCUUGAAAAUAAAAGCCAUGGAACC